GGUGCCCCUGGCCUGAGCAUCCCGGGGCCAGCCGGCCCCAAAGGCGAGCAGGGCGAUCGGGGUGACCCAGGGGAGCCGGGGGAGAAGGGUGAGCCAGGCCGAGCAGGCACCCAGACCGGUCUGCUUGGCAAGGAGGGCGAAGCGGGUCUGCCUGGCAAACCCGGAGACAGAGGCCCCCGGGGCAGUCCCGGAGCACCAGGGAGCAAGGGUGACCGUGGGGAGCCGGGGCCUCCCGGACCCCCAGGACGAACUGUAAGCUUUGCCCCCACUCCUCUCCCUUCCCAUGGGCUGGUGCUCGACUCCAUGUACCCUGACAGCCCCUCUCUGCCCCACAGGUCGACGUGGGGCUCGGAGGAGUGGGGGAGAAGGGGGGACCCUGGGGACCCUGGUGAGGAUGGCGCGAAGGGUGCCCGGGGCGAUGCUGGCUCCCCUGGCCUGCCUGGAGAGAGGGGCGUGGAGGGUCCCCGCGGCCCCCCUGGUGCACGGGGUGACCCUGGGGACCGAGGCCUGCCUGGAGAGAAGGGUGACCCAGGGAAGCAGGGGGACCCCGGCCGGGAUGGGCUGCCCGGGCUGCGUGGGGAGCAGGGACUGCCUGGCCCUGUGGGCCCCCUGGGACCGCCCGGUGUCCCAGGCAAACCCGGCGAUGACGGCAAACCCGGCCUUAACGGCAAGAAUGGAGAAGACGGGACGCCAGGAGAGGAUGGGAGAAAGGGAGACAAAGGUGACCCAGGACCCCCUGGCAGAGAGGGCCACAGUGGUGCCAAGGGGGAGCAGGGGGACAGAGGUGUGCCAGGCCCCCUCGGCCCCCCUGGCCUCCCCGGCGUCCCAGGGCAGGUCGGCCCCCCAGGCCAGGGCUCGCCGGGCCUCCGUGGGGUGGCUGGACCAAAGGGAGACCCAGGGGAGCCUGGACUGCGAGGGGAGCCGAACAUUGAACGUAGCCUGGAAGCACUUGGCAUCAAG